AUGGAAGGGAAACAACCCUGCACCCGCGAAAAAACAAUCUCGUCAAUAACCUCCUUUUAUCAACUUCUCACACAACUCCCCUACAUCCCGCCUGACAAACUCAUGCUCCCACCCCCAACAGGCUGGCCUAUUAGCACACAAACAGAAGAAGAACGAGGAACCGGCAUAAAUGCCACAGAACUCCGCAACCGCGGCAAAAACGAGGAUGUAAUCGACAUUCUGCGCCAUCUGCCCUACCUGGAUCAGAAAUUAUAUGGCGAACACUGGACCCUAGCCGAUAACACGCUACACAUCAACUAUGUGCGCGGUCAGUUGUACGGCGAUUACCUGGAAAGAGAUACAGCAAUUCUACCUUUGCCGGGACACAUAAUCUGGCUCACUGAGGGGUUUGAGCGCGCCGGUGUUUAUUUGUUGCUUAACACAGAGACAUGGGAAAUCAUUGAGUACACCUUGCUAGGUGAGAGUAUUGAGAUUGGCUAUGAUGCGUACGAGGCGUUGCCCGUUGCCCAAAAGUGGACAGCGUAUAGUGCUAUGCCUGCAGAUGAGUACUUUGAGUUGUGGAGGUGGAGGCAUAUAACGCUUCAGUUUGUGCUUGUGGGGGAUGCGAGCGUGUUUAGAGGGACCGGGGAGUGGUGGUGUAAGGAUCCGAGAUAUUUGUGGGAGGAGAGCUUUGUUCCAAAUGAAGUUGAGGAUGACGAUGGCCAAGAAGAAGAGGACGAGGAUUAUGUUCCAAGUGAUGAGGAGGAGGAGGAGAAGAAGAAGGACUCUGAUAUGGACAACGAUGAGUCGGAAGAUGAUUCCGAAGGAGAGAUGGAAGAUAUCCAAUCCGAACUCCAAUCCCUCUCCCUCGACGAACCAACUCCCCCAACAGCCCCGACUGAUCCCAGUGAUGAGGCUGAAACCGGUAGUAAAUCAAAACGAAGCUUCCUGUACAGACUUGCACAAACCCUCGCCAUCGAUCCCAACACCAACUCGCGAGCCCUCUACCUCGACCCCUGGAGCACCUCCCAGCGUGAAAAGAUGAAACAGAUCGUCCAAAUCUAUGUCGAGCACGGCUGGCCGGUUCCGGAAUCUGAGUGGCGGGUUUCAGGGCGAAGGGAAGAAUGUCUCGAAGCACUGAGACAAUGGUCUGUAGACCAAAAAGAACGGGAACGCGCUGCACACCGUGCUGCCACUGCUGUUGAAGAAUCACAACAAAGACGGAAAGUCCGCCAAGAAGAGAUUGAUGACUGUAUCAUCCCGUACGCGAUGUUGGCAUCGGUGGAAGUAGAUGAACAGGAGUCCAUGCCGGACGACGUGAUACUAGAGAUGAAGAUCGACAAGAUUCUGCAGGGGAUUGUGGAUUGUACGCGGAUGAAAGAGAAGGAAGAUUUCCGCGAGAUAUGCGAUAAAGCCCGUCAGUUCCUUAAAAACUGGGAAUAUCUUAUCAACCAAGCUACUACGGAGGAGAAGGAGGAGGAAUAA